AUGAUCCAUCCGAUUGCUUUGCUUUUGCUCUUGCUCGCCUCCGUGCAGCUCUGCUGUGGAGGGUCCUUCGACCACUCACCUAGCAAGACUGUCCAACGGAUGAUGAUGUUGAGGAACUCUGUGGGAAGAGACGUGUCGUCCGUGCAGCAGAAGACCAUUCUUGGUCAAAGUCCCAUCGCCUCCAGCUCGGCAGUUUUAGCGAACUUCGAUACUUCGAAGGCGGCUGCUCUCAAGCGCAUCGCAGCCAAGCAUGGUGUCGUAAGCGAAAAGAGGCUCGCGGUCGCAAGCCCAGAAGGGCCCUCGGACGAUGACGCGUCAGGUGCGAUGCCGCCGAAGCCCCUGGACGCACAAAUUCACAAGUCAUCGCACUGGCUAGCUCAAGCUGUAAUGGUCCUCGCUAUCCUCGCGGGCUCGACUAUCCUGGGAGGAAUCAUCGGCGUGAUCUACUGCUGGAACAAUCGGGGGAAACUGCCCACUAAAGAGGAGCGACUCAACGGGAAGAACUAUGGCCGAGCGACACCUCAGUAUGGCUCUUACGGUGUCAAGGGACGCCGAUGA